ACACAAAUGGAGAUUCUGUCCUAACCGAUCCUCCUUUUAUCUGACACAUCAUUUUGUAUAAUUUCAAUUCCUGUCAACUUGAUCCGCAAUAAAGCAUUGCACCGUCUGUGCACGCUCUUUUCUAGGUACGACACGUCUCGAUAUCUUCAUUAACCUGACUGCUCCUAUUCUCCAUCCUUAUGAGCCAUCUACAAUGGAAAGCCUGUCGCAGUCGUCAGAUCCUUCGUCGGAACAGCUCACAACCUUCUCACGUUUUUCGGCACUUCCAACGGAGCUACGUCUCAUGAUUUGGUAUUUGCAUAUACACCCUAGGCGAGAAUUAAAUAUUAGACUGAAAUUAGACUAUACACACAUAAGACAGCCAGUAGUCCUGAGCUGUUUCAUUGCCUGAGUUAAUAUUGGUUCGACUAAGGUCAAUCCUAUUCCGACAAUACUUCAUAUCAAUCGUGAGGCACGAGAGGUCGGAUUAUCAAGCUAUGAAUUAGCUUUUGGAAGUCGUGAUGGGGCUAAAAUCGCGUACAUUGAUUUUAAAAGGGAUGCACUAAAGCUUAAGUUGACUGGUGAAAGAUCAUUACCCAUGAUUCUUGCCGGCUUCCAGGGUGGAGAAGCAAAAAAGAUUAGGAAUCCGGAGUUAAAUGUAUUUAAUUUGAACGCAUUUUGUUGGGAUUACAUCCAGCGUUUCAGCGGUUUAAGGAUACUGUGCUUGGGAAUAUGGGAAACGCACAUUAACAUAGAUGAGCUUUCAAUUAUGGAGGAUAGGCUGAGGUCUUCUGCGCGGAAAUAUCCUAAGUGGAAAGUUCCAAAGAUCAGGGUGGGCUUCAGGCAUACGAAAUCCUCGUAUAGAUUGCAACUUUGAAAAAUCACGGGGUAUUUAGAUUUUCAAUUUUCAAUUGGUUUAUUUUAUCUUUAAACGUUGGGGU